AUGUGGUAUUAGUUGAAACGAGCGCGGCGGCUGACGAACAACACGUUGGGGCACACAUUCGUCGUAUGCGUAUGAGUCGAGAAAGUAAAAAGUGGCAGAACGUGUCGCGUCGCUUCGCAUCAGAUCGCAUCAAUUAUAUUGAACGUAACGUGGUACAUCGCAUCGCAGAGCAACGCAUCGAAUCGAAUCGAAUCGAAACAGAUCAGAGCUUAACAUUGUUGUACAUACUUGAAUAUAUACUAACGCAGAUACUCAUGCAAAGAUUGAACUUCAAAUAUUCAGUGAUUGAAAAAGAAAAUAAAGACUAAAAUUAACAAAACAAGAUUUAAAAAAAAAACAAAUUGUGGGUGUUAAAUUUAGGUUUUGCAUUUCGCCACUUUAUUUGCACGCUUUGGAACCAGUUGUUGUGUUUGCGUGUGUGUGUUUAUUUUCGCGCUUUUUUAUGUGUUUCAACUUCAUAGAAGCUUUGUUUGAUUGCUGCUCGAUCAUUGAGCGAUUGUGUAGGGCUUUCAGCAUACGCGCUUUAAUGCCAACGGUGACACUAACACGGAUAACAAAACAUCUUGGAGUGAAAUACUCCAAACGGAUCGGAAUAAAGUGACCUUUAAAUUGGCUGUGUAACAUUCUAAAAUAUUUUUUCGCACCACUUGUUGCCUUUUGGUAUUGUCAUACAUGUAGUAAACUGAUCAAUAGUUCGAUCAUAUAUCAAAAGAUUGAGUAAACGUGAGUUUGGAUUUCAACGUCGUUAGUACAUCCGCAUCUUUGACCAACCGAAAUUAGUGCAAAACAUAUGAAUAAACAAAAAAGUGAAGUGUAGCCUAAACUUCUAAGCAGAAAAAAAAUACCACGGAAAAGUGCUAAUAAAAUUUAUUACUGCCAAGCAGCUAGUCUUAAUAGCCAGUGUGUGGCUUUGAGCGUGCUUGGAAACUAACCAAACUAAAAAGGCAGAAAGUGAUUUUUUAAAUCCAUAUUUGUUUAUGUAUUUAUGUGCAUACAUAUUUACAGUAAGAAAUUGAACAAAACCACAACAAAAACAACAAUUUGAACGUUUUAAUUCUUUUGGCGUUUGGAAUUCCCCUGAAGCGGUAUAAAGUAAAUUUUCAAACAUCCAACCGCACAACUAUUAACUAAUUGCAUUAGAUAUGGAUCCAGAAAAUCAGUGCCCGCAAUACGGCGAAGUGAAUCAGCUUGGCGGCGUAUUUGUGAACGGACGCCCACUGCCGAAUGCGACGCGCAUGCGCAUUGUGGAGUUAGCACGCCUCGGUAUACGACCCUGCGACAUUUCCCGACAGUUGCGUGUUAGUCAUGGCUGUGUUUCGAAGAUAUUGGCGCGCUACCACGAGACCGGUUCCAUACUCCCAGGCGCUAUAGGCGGUUCGAAACCGCGCGUCACCACACCGAAAGUGGUGAACUACAUACGUGAACUGAAGCAGCGCGAUCCCGGUAUUUUCGCAUGGGAAAUACGUGAUCGCCUACUGACCGAAGGUAUCUGUGAUAAGACGAAUGUGCCCAGCGUUAGUUCCAUAUCGCGCAUACUACGCAAUAAGCUCGGCGCAAUUGGACAUCAUCAUCACAAUUCAGCGGUGGCUGCGGCGGCGGCGGUUAAUGGCACAAAUUCUUCACCCCACCAUCACGCACAUGCACAUGCACAUCAGCACGGUCAUCAUCACGCGUCAGUGCACAACACGGGCGUAUCCACGGUAGCCACCGUGGCGCAUCAUCAACACGCCGCCGCUGCCGCUGCAGUGCAUGCACAUCCGCAUCUCUACAAUUCCAUUUAUCAGCCAUACAGCGCGUAUAGCAUGAAAUCUGCAGUGUCGUGUGGCAGCCCCUCGCCGCCGCAGCCCACACAAGCAACGCAUCAGUUGCGCACAGCGGCGGCGGCCGCGGCUGCAGCGCAUUGCUGGCCCUCAUCGCACUCUGUGAGCGACAUUUUGGCGCAUCAUCAAGCGGUGGCGUUGCGCGCCAGCUGUCAGGUGGGCAAUACGAUGGGCACGCUACCGUCGGGACUGCCGAUGACCGCGUCACCGGUGGGCGGCACAAUGGGUACGGGCGCGCAACAACUGAUUGGCGCGGAGGACUGCGAUGGCAUGGCGAACAGCGCGGCGGCAGCUACACAAGUCGCUGUGGCGGCGGCGGCGGCGUCUCAGCAGCCCUACAACUACUAUAUGUAUUUCCAAAACACUGGCAUGCAUCAUCAUCAUCAUGGCGGUAUGAUGGCGGCGGGCGCAACGGGGUUAUGAGAAUUGCAUUAUGAGAAACGUAGAAUAAGCAAGAAAUACAUGUAGAAGAAGCGACUUAAGCGUUGCUAAUGUUGCGUAUGAUAGUUGGUUAGAUAUAUGUGCGUAUACAUAUAAAUAAUUGGGAAGGAGAUUAAUAAAUAAAUCAUCAAUGAAUUUUAUUUUAGUUUUUACUUUUUUUACAUAUUUAUUAUUAGUAUGGAUUUGUUUAACGUACUUGUGAAUAUGCAUAGAUAUAAGUGUAUGGUGUGGUAUGUCAACUAUGUUUUAUUUAGAGAUUUAUAAAAAUAAAAAAUAAAA